AUGACUCGUUCAACGAGAUACUCCCCAAAUGUUCUCGAGCAAUGGAAACCUUACAUCCAGAGCCUGUACCUAGAGCAAGAAUUGACAGCACCGACAGUCGUUGAAACCCUCGAGACUGAAUGUGACUUGUCCGUCACCAAGAGGCAGCUAAAGCUCCGUUUCGAAGCAUGGGGCUGGUUCAAGAAAGUCCGACAGGAGUAUUACUGUGCCAUGAACAAAGUUAUCGAAACCAACACUCACCUGCCGCGCCCUCUGAACUUCAAUGUCACCCUCGUCAGAGGUCAAGCUCCAAAACUAUACGAAGCGGCCAAAAUAGCGAAGCAGGCACAAAGAACGAUUAAGACAGGGAAACGGAGAGGUCGACCUAUCGGUGAGAUGAGCUAUGAGGACGCUCUCGAGCUCCUCAACCACGCCAACAUCGAGAUUUUGAACGACAUGCCAUUAGUUCCUCCAAGCAGGCCCCUUCGCACUGUGGUGCCUAACAUGGAACUUGGCGAGGAUGACGACUCGGACUCGGACACAGGAUUCGAUACUCCUCCUUACGUUGAGAGUGACUUCGAAACUCAUAGGCCCCUCACGGGGACGUCGACCCUGACCGGAAGUCGGCCUGGCACAGGUCAGGACGAAACUCCGGAAGAAAUAACGCAGCUGUUCAUUUCAAUGACUUUGUCUAUAGAACCGACUGAUACUCGUCGACUCAUGUGGGCCAGGUUCCUUGGCCUGAACGUGGGAGAUGCCUAUCGGCCCCUUCGUCUUCGCGAGUCUGAAGGGCAGCUGAUGAAAUUCGCUGCGUAUUAUGUACAACAAUCACUUUAUUCAGAUACAACUCUGGACUCUUUUGAUGUCGCUACUCGUGCUGAAGCCAAAGAGAAUCUCAAGAAAUUGCUCAUCGGUGAUAGCAUGCAGAUCCUACCUACCGUCUUCUACAUACAGGCCGUCAUCGUAUCUAACGAACAGGCAGAACUGCUCAAGCAAUUUUACAGUGAUUGCUGCGAAUGCGCCGAAAGCGUUGCCAAUGUAACGAGUCGCAUUGUUUUGCCGAUCUUUAGAGCUGGCAAGCUCAUCUCGCAACAAGGUACCAGCAUAGGUUUCACGUCGCCACAAGAAGAAUGCGAGCAGGAGGAACAUGCCAUCAAAGAAAUCAUGCUCAAGGCGGAACUAGACGCCGACUUUCACCGUAGCAAAGAUCUUCUGUUGUCUAUGAAUCAGGGAUGUUCCUCUACAUUUGCCAUUACGCAGUUUCACCAUGCGUGGGCAUUUCACCUGAUGGGCGAUCAUCAGAAAUGCCUAGACAUGUUGACUGAGCCGACUGGAUUGCCAUUGCUACACAGCGUGAUGGGCUCCAGCCACCUGUUUACUGUGAAUUGCUACGAUAUCAUGGCGAUCUGCUACGAAAAGAUGGGCAAUGGUCUUGCGCAGCAUUACAUCGAUUACGCAUAUUUCCAACUUCGACAAUGCCCAUAUCCUUUGCUUCCCUAUAAAUUCCGUCUGCUACAGCAUAUCUCGAGGACACACCUCCGCAGAUCCGCGACUAUCGGCGUAGAUGUUGAGCGAGGCAUUCAAGCAUUGGAGGAUGUGCUUCGAUUCAGAUGGGACUUCUUCGGUGCCUUCCAUAAAGCGACAUGGUUUGCUGCAGAAGAGCUUGUUCAGUCUUUGAAGAAGCAUGUCGGCAGUGAGGCAGCAGAGCGGCGAAGACAGGAACUUGAAGCUUCACAUGCUCAAGCGUGGCAGCUCCGCCGUCAUGACAGGCUGGAAAGGCUAGGCCAUGUCUAA